AUGAAGACAUUGGGGAGAAACAGAUUUGAAAAUGUUAAAGAAUAUUUUGAUUCCUUCACUGUAGAUGAGAAAGAAGAAGUUGUUCAACAAAUUGAGAAAGAAAUUAUUGAUGAAGUAUUUGUACAAUAUUUUCCUGAAGUUUCUAAAGAUGCAAUUAGCACUCUUGUAGAAAAGUACAAAGCUCGAUUUAUGUUUAAAGCAAGAAGAUUGAAGCUUCAUAGUGCAAAGAAGUCAAUUGUUGAAACUGAGACCCAUCAUAUAGCUUUCAAUAUCAAAAGGAUGGAAGAACUUGUACAAUCAUCCAAGAAUGCAGAAAAUGUUACUAAUAACAGACCAGAAAUGGAUGAAGAAGAAAUUAUUCAAGCACAUGUGGUCUAUCUUAUCAAGGAUGACACUACUAUUCAUGUGACUAAUGAUGAUAUAUUUGCAAAUGUUACUACACCGGAUAUUGAGCCUCAUAAAGUUACAAAUUUACAAGAGUCCCCUGAAAAGGAAAUGAAGGAGAAUACUGAGAAAGAAAUCAUUAAAGUUAUAUCCUCUAAACCAGCAAAGCAAAAGCAAAUUGAUGAGGAUGAUGAUGAUUCAUUAAAUAUUUUAGGAACUAUUGAUGUAGACAAUAUGAGCACAUCAAAAAUGAUGAAUAUUGCUAAUGUUAUGCAAUCCAGAGCACAUAAGAAGAGACGAAAAGAGCAGAAGGUUGAAGCUGAAACAAAUCAAACGGCAGUAGAUAUUUUAUCUAACAAUGUAAAUAAGGAAGAGGAUACUCAGAAUGUUGGUGAACAAGAAAUUUUGGAUUCUGUUGUGGAUGAGCCUACAAAAGAUAAUGGCAAACCAACAGAGGUAGAGGAUGGUGCACCAAGUGGUGACACUAGUGCACAAGUGGCAUCUAAAAAAGUUAAAUCCAGACCUGUUGAGGGUGAGAAAAAAGAAGAGGUGAAACAAGAUGAACCAGAUAAGGAUAAGGGUAAGGGAAUGGAGACUCUGGUACUUGUGGCAAUUGACACUGCCAAAACCCAAAGCCUAAGGAUUUUUCCAUAG